CGCAAGACCUUUACAGAGACGACUGUCAGCACCGUUCGAUUCUCUCUGCGGCUGCUGCUGACGCUGCCCCCGCCGCUGCAAGUUUGGGACUCUCUGUGUGAGUGAAGAUGGGCAAGAAGAAGGACAAACCGAAGAGAGGUAAAGACAAAACUGAGCGGAAAACGGCCAAGGCAGCAGAGAAGCGUGCUCGGCGAGAGAAAGAGAAAGUGGCGGCAGAUGAAGAAGAUGACAUCGAUGCGAUUCUAGCAAAGAUCAAGGCUGAGGAUGAGAAGAAGGUUGCGGUGCAUAUCGAAGAGAAUGUCCCGGCGCCGUCGCCGAGAUGCAACUGCUCGGUCACAGUGAAUCCGCAGAAGGACACGGAGGUGAUUGUUUUCGGUGGCGAGUUUUAUAAUGGGAGCAAGACGUUCGUCUAUGGUGAUUUAUAUCGAUAUGCCAUUGACAAGCAGGAGUGGAAACUGGUGUCAAGCCCGAACAGCCCCCCUCCGCGAAGUGCGCACCAAGCGGUGGCUUGGAGGAACUGCCUCUUUAUUUUCGGCGGCGAAUUCACGUCACCCAACCAGGAGCGCUUUCAUCACUACAAGGAUUUGUGGCGGUUGGAUCUUACAUCGAACGUCUGGGAGCAGCUUCAGCUGAAGAACUGCCCCAGCCCUCGUUCGGGACAUCGGAUGGUUUUGUACAAGCAUAAGCUCAUUCUGUUUGGAGGCUUUUACGAUACCCUGCGCGAAGUGAGGUACUACAAUGAUUUACAUGUUUUCGAUCUUGACGACUGCAAGUGGAUUCACAUUCAACCAAAGCUCGGUGCGAUGUGGCCUUCUCCUCGCAGCGCGUUUCAAAUGUUUGUCCACCAGGACGAAGUGUUUUUGUAUGGAGGUUAUUACAAGGACCAAGAAUCGAAGGGAGUAGUGCAUGCCGACAUGUGGAGGCUCGAUCCCCGUACCUUCGAGUGGAGCAAGGUUAAGAAAGCGGGAUCUCCGCCUGGGCCGAGAGCAGGCUUCUCGAUGUGUGUUCAUAAGAAGAGGGCCAUUCUUUUCGGCGGAGUCGUGGAUGUGGAAGAUGAGAAUGAUGACCUGAGGAGCACCUUCCUUAACGACAUGUAUGCAUUUCAAAUGGACAAUCGGCGAUGGUAUCCCUUCGCCCUGCGGAAGCCGAAGGCACCGAAGGUUCGUGGCGCCAAAGCAGCACCUGCGGCACCGCAACGGAAGCAAGCAAGGCAAUGGGAAGAGGAGGAGGAGGAGCAGCAGCAGGAGCAGGAGGAGCAGCAGCAGGAGCAGGAGGAGCAGGAGGAGCAGGAGGAGCAGGAGGAACAACAAGAGGAUGAUGACGACAAUCAGAUAGAGGUGGUGGGAACAAGUGCUGUGAAUGGGGGGGAAGAGGAAAAGAGCGACAUCAUGGAUGAGGAAGGAGAAACCAAUGAUGACCAUUCAACGAAAGGCGUGAAGCCUGCGGACGCUGCAGAAACAGAGCUUGAGAGAAAGUCUAAGAUGCUGAGUCUUGAAGAUAGGAACGGACUCAACGGAGGGGACCAUGCGGCAGCACAACAGUUGGGCAAGGACGCUGAGUUGGGGGUUGAAGGUGAGAGGAAGGCUCCUCACAUUCCUCCCCCUACUUCCAGUACUGUUGCUGCUUCUGAAUCGCCAUCGCUAAUGGCUCCGUGCGGGAGGAUAAAUGCCUCUCUUGUGGUCAGAGCGAACACGCUGCUACUGUAUGGUGGGGUGAUGGAGGUAGGGGAGAGGGAGGUGACUCUGGAUGACCUGUAUUCGCUUGAUCUGAAUAAGCUGGACGAAUGGAAUUGCGUGAUAGAGGGAACGAAGCCAGAAUGGUUAGAACCCAGCGAUGACGAGGACGAUGAAGACGAGGAUGACGAGGGAAGAAGCGACAACGAGGAAUCGGAGGAAGAAGAUGGUGAGGAGGUCGGCAUCAGCAGAAGUGAAUCCGCGGCGAACGAUACUCCGCUCACAGCUGCAGAAUCUGCAGCAGCAACUUUGCGGGUGAUUGGCGGUGGUAUGGCAAGGAAGGAGCGGGUGAAGGAGAUUGAACGGUUGAGGGCUGAGCUUGGGCUUGGGGAUAUUGAAAGAACUCCACAGGCGGGCGAAACUCUGCGAGAGUUCUUUAUCCGAACCGCGAAGUAUUGGCAGCUGCAAGCAUACGAUCAGACUCAACGCAUGGGCAAAGAAUUGAGAAGAGAUGGUUUCGAGUUGGCGGAGGCACGGUACAAGGAAUUGAGGCCUGUUCUCGAUGAGUUGGAGAAACUAGAGGCGCAACAGAAGGCUGAAGAAGAGGAGGCGGCAAAGGCGUCCGCGGCCUUGAAGGCAAAGAGCAAAGCCAGACGCUAAUAACUAAUAAAUAUAGCUGCGUUGUUUGAUCUUUAGUGGUGCGGCUACAUCACUACGCAAGCAGUAAACGACUGCUGAGGCCAUGUGUAAGCGUGCGAAAAACAACAACAAAAAAAAAACAGUGAUUUUUCUUCAUCGCACAAGCGUUUUUCUUGAGUUAUCUGCACCCAGUCCUAUUGGCAAAGGCAUUGGCUUAUACCACACAUAUCUGGCUUCCAACGCCCCCCGACUCGUCAGAUCCAAUAUGGGUAAAAAUAAAUAAAUAAAUCAAUGAAUAAAUAAAAUCUGCACCCAGCC